AUGCAGACAGACGGCCUCACGGUGAGCAUAAGACUUCAAUCUCCUGCAUGUAAUGUCGCCGCAGUCAUCCACGGUGAGGAGCAUAACAGCCGUUUUGUCACAAGGUACCGGGGCGGUGGCCUGCGCCGCAUCAGUGAAACCCACCGUUCAUACGACUGUCUCCAGUACCCAUUCUUUUUUCAUACGGAAGAUGGGUACCACUUCAAAAUCCCAAUAUACCAGGCAAGCAGCGAUUCCAUGACGACCUCAAAGACGGUCUCCUGGAGGGGUGAAUUUAACCACUUGCACAGGUGCCGUCAACUAUUUCUUCAAUUCGCUGUUGACAUGGCUGCAAAAAUGGAGUCUGAGAGGUUAGGAUUCAUCAAGUUAAACCAAUCCAAACUUAGAACCGACUCCUACAUUCACCUUCGUGAUGGGAUGCGUUCUGAUGGUGACCCACGCAAUCUCGGCAAACCGUGCAUUUUGCCUUCCUCUUACACCGGUGGCCCUCGAUACAUGCAUGAAAGAACACAAGACGCAAUGACCUAUGUCCGUGAUUACGGGAGGCCUGAUUUGUUCGUCACGUUCACGUGCAAUCCGAAAUGGGUUGAAAUCACACGCGAACUUUUUCCAGGUCAGCCGUACUCACACCGUUCUGACCUAAUUGCCCGCGUUUUCUGGUUACAGCUGUGUAAGCUUAUGGAUUUAAUCCAUAAAGCGCAAGUCAUCGGACGCGUUAAGUGUCAUAUGUAUACAGUGGAAUGGCAGAAACGCGGUUUGCCUCAUGCCCACAUUCUGCUGUGGCUCAACGAUUAG